AUGCGCUUCAAGCUGCCGAGGCGAUCAGUUCGAUUGAUCGAUUUUCCGUGUAUACAAGUGCCUUUAACCGAGCUUAGCAAGAUGCCCCAGUCGAGCUUCUUUGCCAAGAGCGUGCCCUUCGAGCAGAUCGACAAGCUGGCCAUCAGCGGUGGCUACUCCUCGAUCUAUGCCACCAGUGAGCCUGCUGUGCCAGUGGUUGGCAACUGGGAGCAGCGCUUCUGCCGCCUGGCAGACACCUUUCAACCUGUCCUGGAUAGGGUAUAUGAUUUUGAGGUGCGAGAGGAUGAUGUAUGGAUAGUGACCCUGCCGAAAUGUGGAACCACCUGGAUGCAGGAGCUGGCCUGGCUGGUGAUCAAUCAAUGUGACUUUGAAACAGCCAAGAGUGUGGAUCUCACCCUAAGAUCACCCUUUUUGGAAUUCAAUGGCGUGGUUCAGAAUGUCCCCCACGACACCAUCGAGGCAGCCAAUGCCUUGCCCUCGCCCAGACUGAUCAAAUCCCAUCUGCCUGCUUGGAUGCUGCCCAGGCAGAUCUGGAGCAAGCGUCCCAAGAUCAUCUAUGUGUAUCGCAAUCCCAAGGAUGCAGCCAUCUCCUACUUCCAUCACUGGCGCGGCAUGGUGGGUUAUCAGGGCACCAAGUCGGACUUUAUGCACUCCUUCAUCGAUGGCUAUGUGAAUUUUACGCCUUGCUGGCCUCAUGUCUUGGACUUUUGGCAGCUGCGCCAUGAACCGCACAUAUUCUUCACCAGCUAUGAGAGGAUGAAGGGACAGUUGGGUGAGGUUAUAGCAGAGGUGGCUCAAUUCCUAGGGCGUUCGGUUAGCCAAGAGCAGAUACAGCAGAUGACUAGACAUUUAUCCUUUGAGAGCAUGCGGGAUAAUCCAGCCUGCAAUCAUGUCAAAGAGUUUGAGAGCAUGAAGGCAGCCGCUGGACGAGAAGUGGAGGAGUUCAGGUUCGUUCGUCGCGGAGUGGUGGGCAGCCACAAGGAUGAGCUCACCGCUGACAUUAUCCGAGAGUUUGAUCUCUGGUCGGACAUCAAUCUCAGAGAUCACAAAUUGAACAUGGAUGACUUUGCCAACUACAGCAAAUUUGCUUCCGUCUAAGCCACACCAAGUUAUGGCAUUAAAAUUUCUUUAAUCUUUUGUUAAUAGUCUGUAAGCUGCGGUGAUAUAAGUUAAAUAAAUGAUUGCUUUUCAUAUAAACACAA